AUGGAAACGAUCAAAAGUCUGCUGCUACAAACGUCACCCGGCGCCGGUCCCACUAUCGGCACAGAUCCGGAUUAUGCGGUACCACACCGUAAGGCAAUGCAGGAUCCUUUCGGAAGUCCGGCUCGCGCUAGCCUCACACCGAUGCCGUCUCCGAUCGCGCCGACUGUUACCAAUCUUUGUGGGUCGGAUGCUGUGCCCAGCCAGACUGUGAUAGACGACGAUAGCCCACGGGUGGCACCGGUGGAGACGCACAAAGACGAAUUGUGUAUGGCGCGUACCGCGGGUGGUACAGCAGAUUUCAUCCAUCCAAAGCUGUCGAAACUAAAGCAACCACCGGUCAUUGUGGGUGUUGCCGUGAAACGCAGCCUGCGAAAGUCUCCGGAAGUAAUAAUGACGAAAAGUACCAGCACGAUGUCGGUGGCAUCAGUAACGAAAGCAGCGACACAGAAAUCGAGUACACUGGAGCAAUGGCAUAAGGAUAUUUUCGAGAUACCAUCUACCACACUGCCGGUGGCUUUGCAAUACGAUGAUCUGAUAGUGGGAAAGCCGCAGGAAAUGUUUGUGCGCCCUAGUGUUGAUGGUGCGAACGGUAAGACAAACAGUGAUAUAAAAUUCUUGGAAAUUAGUCAUCAAGAGCAAAGUGAUUCGGUGUCGAGUGCAGUUUGUAAUAAUGCUGAGGAUAGUGGUCUGCAAGGCAAUGAGGGUGAUUUGAUCGAUUUGAUCGAUUUCAGCAGCGAUCAAGAGGAAGCAACGGCUGAACCAAACGUAGCCAAAGUACAAGAAACAUUCAUGAAAGCAAACGAAGGAGUGGAAGUUGCAUUUCUCGAGCUAAAAAAAGAAUCCAUCACCGGUCGUGUGAAGAAGGUGACAUUCUUGCUAGAUGAUGAUCCAUUUCGGAAUUACGAGAGCGAUAACGAUUCCGAUAUUGUGAAGGAUCCUCAGAGUGAGCGAGAUCUACCCGAUAGUGAAGUUUCUGAAGGGGAGGACGAGACCGUGGGCUGGGAUGAUGGAGAGGUACUAGAUAUCGAUACCAAGAGCUUGAGCGAACAGAGGGCAUCCGUCGAUGAAAGUGAUCCUACAAUCAACGGCAGGAAGGUAACGCCAAAGCACCGUCCUCCCUGCCGUCUUCGUAAUGAAAUAUCAACAGAGACUAGGCAAACAGAUGACAGUGUUUUCCGCGCGGUGGGCGAUACGAACGGAAGGGAACGGUCUGAUGUCAAUGGCAAGGCAAGCACUGCCGUGUGUAGUCGCGUUGACAGCGAAGCUGGUGGAAGAUGGAGUCCCCAACGGAUACGGGAGCAAACGGACGGUAGAGGAGCCUCGGAGAGCUGGCGGUUGGAAACGGAAAUGGUUCAGCGCGCAUGCUCCUCUCCAUUACAUGCCGAGAGUGAGAGUCAUCGUCAUCGUCAGCGGCAUCAUCGUCAUGAGGCGCGUGAGGAGAAUGCUACCGUCGCCAUCCAUCCAGCAGCCGUGUCAGCAAAUUCCGAUGGUGAAGCAGUCGCGCGGAGAAUCGACGAAACUCUCGCGUGCACUUUCCGGUCGUCGGGAGCAGCUAGACGUGCGACGGUGUGCCAACGUGCGGAUGUUUGCCUACCGAACGCAUGCGCCGGAACCGAAUCGAUCAACGGCGAACGGCGAAGGAAACACCAACACCAUGGCAGCCCAGUGAAACACGACCCUCUCGACGUUGGACCGAGUGUCAAAGGACGGCCCCAAGCACUGCAAGUGGUGUUGGAUGAUGGUAGUGGUGGAAAAGCUAGUAGUGGCAAGCAAUCGGUAGUAGCGCUGAGUAAUGUGAAGCUUUCCUCAGCACCGAUCGAUGAACGGCACCAGCACGCUGGUAGUGACAUUGAGGUUCGUAGCAUCGAUGGACGUGAUUCGCAGGAGCAUGAGCAAGACAUUUGUGUGAAGGGUGUACAGCGUGAAGCGACCUCAUCGAACCAUCGAAAGUGUACCGAGCUGGAUGGACGACUUUCUGCUCCUGCUGGUGAGCGGGAGAGAAUCGAUGAACGAUGUUACGUCGAUGACGGCAGCGAGGAACAACGGCGACUAGCAAAAGACACUACUGUCGAGCGUGGUAGUCUGUUACGAGGAUUAGAGUGCGUCAGUACCAGCAGCUUUCCGACGGCUGUUGGUUCUAACGGCGGUGAGGACGAAGAAGAGAAGGGACGGUCCAAAGGCCUAGGGCAGCAGCUACAGCUGACCCCAAACGGUACCGUCGCGCGUACGGUGCAAACCUGCACGACAGAGUGUGAAGAAAAAUCGACCCAGGUGUCAACGAAGGGUAGACACACGCGUACAGUGGGACCGUUAUCAUCGGAUAGUGAGAGUGAAAAUUAUUACGGGACCUGCUCGCCCCCAACAGUAGAACGGACCGAGCAUAGCCCGUGCGCGAAUCAUCGUAGCUAUCAUCCGGAAGGGAGGGAGUGUCCUUCCUGCACACAGCACGAUCCAGCCUCGCCAUCGGUGCUGGUGGAGGUAACGCUCAGUGCGCACAUCUGUGUUCAUCAGGAGCAGCAGCAGGCUUCCUUCUCCUACCGUGGCACAAGUAAUUCCUGCCACUGCAGUGACAGUGCUUCGCGUGAGCUUCGGGACAGUGCAACCAACACCCAGGAGUCCCGCGAGGGGGACGAUUCGGACGGGUCUGGUUCGGUUGCAUCUGACACGGGCAUCCGGGCGGAGGGUAUUCAGUCGCGCACGGGACAUCGUAACAAUCCGUCUAGUGCGGACAGUGGUAUUAUUAUUAUCGAUGAUGACGUCGAUGGUGCAACGGUUGAUGACGGGAGCUACCCAUGUCAGCAGCCACGAGCAGACGACGAACCGAGUGGCGUAAACGUUGUGAAAAGUGCGGCCGAGCAAAGGGACCAGCACCAGCGUACACAGACGGGACUGUUCGAUGUGAACUUUAUUGACAGUGCCAUCCGUCCCCAAGGAUCAUUGGAGCACCACUUUAUCCUGCCAUCGAGUCCCACCAAGCAGGAAGUGCUCGAAGGUGCGUGUGUGAGUGAGCGCGUGGAAAGUGAGUCGAGAAGCGAGUGUCCCUCUACAGCUUCCGUGCCGUUGGAAGGAAACCUUGCGCAGGACAGUAGAGAGGAAACGGAAAACACUGAGGUGAACGAAAAUUCCAGUGGAGUUGGUAGUGGAGUCGAGUGUUUUGAGGCGAGUCAACGUUUGAAGCGUUUGGAGGAACGUUUCCGUGGGUUUGCGUACACGAAAAAGUACUUCCGUGAGUCUUUUUCUCACGACCUAGCUGGACGCGUUGUUAGAGAUUCGCAAAAGUACGGUGGAGCAUCACAGUCGGUUGGGGGAUCCUUGCCCUCGUUGCUAGUGUGCGCAGGCCAUCCUGACGCUCGCUCAUCGUCGACGGACUAUGCCAACACAAAUACAUUUGCAGCAGGUUCUUCCCCGUUGCGCCCGUCCGCGGAAGAUGAUGAGAGAGGCUACGGUGGUAGCGAUGCGAACGUGACGCUUCUGCGUUCACCAACACAACGCAACCGGAGAGGAUUAUUGUCGUCCGUGUCGACGUCGUCAUUGGGAUCAUCAUCAUUAUCGUCAUUAGCACGGGGUUUUGGAGCUGCAUCGGCAGCAGCAUCCUCAGCAUCCGCAACAUCCGAAAGCAGUGUACCGAAACCUGCCAGAAGUAACCACGGCACUAGAGCGCUGCUGGCGUCUAGGAAAACAUCCUCGCUCAAUUGUUUACAGCAGGACGCGACACGGGACGAGGACGAUACGGAGAGCUAUCUGCUGAGCAACAGAAAAAAUCAUAACAAUAAUCGGUCUUUGCAAACCUCCUUCCAACCAAACCAACCAUCCCUCAACCGAGCGCUUCGUUCGUCCUGGACGAGACCGAUUCUACCACCGCUGUCCUCAUCGUUACUAUCGCUUUCGGCGUCAUCGUUGCUUUCGCUAUCCUGCCUAGAUCUUGAGCGUCAGAAUAGGCAAAGAGCAGCCAGCCUAGCACCAGCGCGCUCGAAGAAUCAGCCAACGGAGAUUGGUGCCGAGGGCAUACAGCAAGAUAAGAACAAUAACGGCCCUGCGGAGGAGAACGGUUUGUCGAAAGCUGUCUCGUUGCCCACGUUACUUUCACCGGUAGUGCAUCAGGAGUUUACGAGCCAGCAUCUCGAAGUUGUUAGCGAUAAAACAGCUAAGCAACCGAGCUCAUUCUGUACCGAUGAAAUAACAGAACACGGAAACCAGAACCAGCUACGGUACCAGCGGCAACCCCGAGCCGUUGAGGAAUUGCGGCGAAAUACCGAUACGCCGGAAAGCAGUGGUGCAGAGUCGGAAGAAAUCUGCAAAAUCUUUCCCGGUGGAAAAGCCCGCAUUGGCGACCCGCUUGAGGUGGUAGAGACGGUGGUUGUAAGUGGGUCGACUGAGGAGGAGGAGGAGGACGACGACGACGACGAGGACGAGGAAGACGCUUCCUCAGACCAUAUUGUACUCGGUGCGGUUGGCGAGGACAUUCUCAACAACAAUCUCGCCGGCUAUCUGGGCGGUGAAGUCGACGACGGCGCUCAGCAGGACGAGUUUGUGCAGCUCGAGAAGCUGCUCGCAGCCGAUCCGCACACAAACUGCGAGUUCGACACGCGCCAUCUGCAGGACUACGAACCGGAAGUGUAUCGGAUUAAGUACUGCUACGAUGAGCUCGAGGAAGAGCUAGAGGAGCAGCAAGAGCAGGAGGCGGCCAACGAUCUGUUGGUGGUGCUGCGCGGUACUUCCCGUCCACUGCCAGCGGGACCUCCACCGGUUGUGCCACCACCGCCGCCCCCGCCUCCACCGAAAGGCGUACGAGUGUCUGUCAGUGAUAAGGGUAGUGGUAUCUAUUCGUGUCCGCGAUUUAGUGCCGUUGUGCCGGGUGGGCCAGGUAUUCGUGGUGUGGUGCGCACUAGUGUGGGAGAGGAAGUAUUUUCAGGCAGUGGUGUGGUGUUGCCCGAGUCGGCCAAAAUCGCUGACAGCGAGCGAAUAAGUGUAAUAAAACAAACCACACAUACCAGCGGUGGUGUGGUGGUGGCUUUGGGAAAGCAUAAGUGUCCCAUUAGUGGUAGUAGUGGUGUGAGUAGUGGUAGUAGCAUCAGCAUUACUACGGGUGAAGUGAGUGAUCGUGGUAUACCACCUCCACCACCACCACCGAAAGCACGCCCAGGCGCGCGUGGCUACGACGGUUGUGGGUGUGUGAUCGAGGCGAUUCCAUUGUACCGUAGUGAGGCGGAAGCUUUAGCCACGGGUGGCAGCGACACGAUGCGUGAGACGGCGACCGGUACCCUGAGGGGGCUGCUAAAGAAACCGAACCGGCCACCGCCGGUACGGAAGAAUCGCGUGGUGUUCGACGAAACGCGGAACGAGUUCUUCGAAGCGGACUACAUUAUACUGAUACGCGAGGAUUGUCCGUACGAUGAGGAGGACGAGGAACCAUGCACCUGCGGUGAACACGAGCUCGUUCGAAUAUGUUGUGACGAAGGCUGUAACUGUGGCUACACGGACGAUGGGCGUACGCCACCGAGUCCGAAGUUUGCUCCCCCGAUCGAGUUUGUCGAUCAGGCCACGCUGAGCCCCCCCGAGGGUUACAAAGACGGCAGUGGACUGCUUGACAAUGCACUCGGUGGAGCACUCGGUGGGCAUGUCUUCGGUGCACAACAUAUUCAGCAGCUCCAGGUUAUCCAGCGGCUACAGCAGCAACGGGCUGCCAUGUUGGCAGCCAGAGCUGCUGCUGGCCAGCAGGGACAACAAACGGGCACCGCAGGCCAAGGCCAGGCUGGUUCCCAAACCGUCUCCACUAGUCAACAGCAACAGCAGCAACAACAGCAGCAGCAGCAGCAGCAACAGCAGCAACAACAGCAACAACAAGCACAACAAACUGCUGUAUGUACAGAAUGCGCUGAAUGUGCGGAAUGUGCUGCUAAGCAAAUGCAUGACGAAGAAUGUGACUCCCAAUGUUCGGACGACAUUUCGCCAAUGCUGGAAGCUCCCCUUCCACCUCAUGCUACCCUCCCAAUUGCUCUGGUUCCUCUGACCAAGUCAUCGCCAGAGCGACGCGUUACGCAAAAGGAGAUCAUAGCCGGGGAGGAAAGACCUAAGUUCCUUACCAUCAAACAGGUGCAGGAUUCCGGUUCACAAGACGGUGACGGUAAGGGAGGUGAUGGUGACGGUGCAACGGUAUCCCAAACGCCUCAGCGCUACAUCGUGGAAACCAUAACGAUGACCACGGUGACCGAGCGACGGAUCGUGCAGAAAGAAGAUCCACCCAAGCGGCCAGAAUCUUCGACACCGGCCGAUGGGUCGGCGGUGGCCACCGGUACCACCUCCACAGAUAUGCCUUCCUUAUCUACCACGCUUUCACCUAUCGUUCCAGCAGGCAACGAAGGUGGCUCCACCGCUGUUCCGACGGUGGCAGGAAGCGCUGCCACAACGCAAUCCGCCCUAGCAGCUAGCCAUGAAUACCGAUUGCUUCAGCAGCAGCAGCAGCAGCAGCAACAGGCGCAGAAAGGGAUACGCGUGGGACAGACAGGUGGGGAAGGAAGUGCCUCGCAAACGGGGGUGGGUCCGUUUGAACCGGCCAAACAUAAGCCGUUAAGUACGGCGCAGGCGAUAAGUGGUAUCCUCAAGGGAGGCAAACUGUGGAAAAAUGAACAGCAGCAUCAUCAGCACCAACAGCAUGCCCAACAGCAGCAGCAACAGCAGCCACAGCACGCCCAACAACAGCAGCAGCAACCGCAGCAUCAAGCACACCAACAGCAGUCGUCCGUUCAGAACGACGACUCAACGGCUGUGACUUCGGACGAGGAAACGAGCUCGAAACGUUCGGUGCGUUUCAACGAAGAAUCCACGAUCCGCGAGGCAUGCUGCGACGGCGAGGUACAAUCCGGGUUAGGUGAAGGUGAAAUGGGUACCUGUCGGGCCAUUAACUACAUGUCCGACACACUUAAGCGCCAUUCGUCCGGACUGUUCCACAAUGCCCUGCGGCCCAAUUCGGCUGUGCGACAGCUCUUCCCAAGUAGCGCCAUUCAACCCCUUCUGACGACGGCCAUUUCUGGGGCAGGUCCCACAACACCAAGCACGUCAGUAUCUUCUGCGGGUAUGGCUACAUCCGCCGCUUCAAACACCCAAACGACGACGACAAACGCAGUCAGUGGUAUCGGUGUGUGUCCUGCCGCGAUGAGCACUAGUCAUUCGACCGUACUGACGCAGGAAGCUUUGAAAGCGUUCGACGAUUCGAAAAAGACAUCCUCGUUGCCACCGGGGUUGGUUCACCAGCACAGUCUUACAAGCAAUUCGGGUAGCAUGAGCAAUAUACCAAACAGUGCGGCAGCAGCACUAGCGUUGUCGGCAUCGGCGGGUACGGUGGUGACCGGCAGCCCUGGAGAAACGGACACCAUUCGGCGUUCGAUCGAGCGAAAUGCGUUGCGAAGGUCCCUGAUCAAGUAUGAGCCAAAGAAAAAGAUCCCGGUAAAAGAUGUAACAUCGCUGGAGGAGCGCAUUCGACAGCUAACGUGCGACAUUGAUGAUCCGAUCGAUGAGACGGGAGGUGGCGAAGGCAGCGAUCAGGCAGGUGACGGUGAUCUGAGCGAGAUGGAACGCCGGGACAGUCCAGCCGGUGAGGAAAAUCCCCAACAACCGAAAUACAUACCGGACAAAAGCUUUUCGCCCAGUUCGUCCGCCUCGAGUUCUUCAAGCGGUUCAAACGGUUCGACGUACAAGAAGAUCACCGACCUGUUUCAUCGUGAUCGACGGCAGGAGAAAAUUCCGGAAGCGGAUGAAAACCCGAUCGUGAUCAUACCGCAGGACUGCCGUUGCCCGGCGGGUCCGGAUAUUGGAAUGGGUGUUCAAAUUCAGGGUGCACACACGCAGAUUCAUCAACCGCCCCAGCAGCGGCACGUUGACUCACGCCGCCAAUUCCUUUCCACGCUAGCCCCACUGACGGCUUGUGUGGCUGGACAGCGCGAUGAUCUGUCUUACUAUACGCUAGCUCACCCAGGUGAUCGCACAUCGAUGGCAAGUUCGCAGAGUACGGAGUAUAGCAUUGGAGACAUUGAUGCUGCACUGCACGAUGACGAUGGCAAGAAGGUGGCGCCGGAUGUGAUUGCUGGAACGCCCGGACAAGAGUCGGACGAGUUGGCCGCAUUCGUUCAGCAGGAAGGUGCACGUACGGAGCGUCUGAAGAAGCGAUAUAGUGCGGAAACGUCAACGUCUGCGCCAGCUUCAGGUGCCGGUUCGGAUGACGACGAGCAGAAUGACUAUGGCUUCAACUCAAGGCCCUCAGUGCGCGGAAUUAAGCCACGCUUUGGAUCAACCAACGAAAUUCUGCAGCAAAUGCAGGCGCAACUUGCUGCACCAACACCGCCACAGACCAAGUCUCAGGCAUCCACGGCACCCGCACAAACGCAACCGAUCCAAUCGAACACGUUGCCCCGGCCGAGUAUGCAUGUGGCGGCAGCUAAGCAACAAAUCACCACACAUCAGCAUACGGCCUCCUGGAGCUACUACCCUGCGGUGGAUCCAGCGACACAGGCGAAGGGAGUUGCCCACCAACCUCAACCUCCUGCUGGUACCGUGCAGCAAACAACAGGUACUGCAGUGGCUCCUGCCGGACAAACCAACAUGCUGGCGGCCGUUGAUCCGCACGGGAACUACUAUCAUAUACCGGUGCAGACACGUCACAGCUACCAUGGGCAGGAAGCAAUCUAUCAGAACUGCGCCAACCUUCCAAUCGGUGUGCAGGCCAGUGCAGUUCAGGUGCAGUCGCACCAGAUACACACGCAACACCAGGCCGUACAUACGGCACACCACAUCCACCAAAUGACUGAUACGGCUACGUACGGCAAGUUUGCCCGUAGCCCAACGCGUCGACCCGAAUCGCCACCGCCGUUGCGCAACUACCACCAGACGAUGGUGCUGAUCCCGUACAAUGCCGAAACGUACCAUCGAUACACGGCUCAGGAGCAGGAGAACUAUCGCCGGCAGCACAACAUCGUUGAGUACCAGCAGGUAACACAGCAAACGAUUCGCGUUCCGGUCGGCUAUCCACUUCCCGGUAUGCAAUUGCACGUCGUAGCAGCCGGAGCACGGGCAGGUCUUCCGCCACACUACUCCACGCUACCCCGGCUAGGCACCAACACGGCCCCCGUUAAUGCAGCCACGGGGACGGGACCCUCGUCACAGACAGCAGCACCGCCACCACCCCAAGGUAAACCUCCGGCCUACUCGCAAUAUCCGUCCGAUGGUAAAUCGGGCGUAAAGUUCACCGAGCGAGGUGCACCAGAAGGAGCGGCCAGCGUACAGCCGUCCGAUGCGAGCCAACUUCUCUCACCGACCGGUCAAGGCCACGGUCCACCUGGAAUGCCGGCAAGUAUGGCUAGUUCUGCAACUACCACGGCCGGAACUACGUCGGCCGUUGUAUCGUCGGGUGGACAAGUCGGUGGACAGGGCACGGGUGGUGGUGUAGUGUCUUCCCAGCCAGGUGGAAACAUGCCGAACGCAUCCCAGCAAACCCAGGGGGCUGUGUUUUAUGCCAUGAACGUUUGACAGGGUGAUUAGAUAAAGCUGACAAUACGGCUCGAGCGGGAGAUGGAAUUGGGUGGUUGUGCGGGGAUGCAGCAGCCGGAACAGGAAACGAAUGACGGGGAAGAGACCGAACAAGUGGCAAAACCAUUGGCCAGCUAUCAUUCCACUGGAGCUGCGCUG